UCCCGAUUCUGACAUAGAGGAAGGGAAUGACAUUAAUCCUCUUCGAAUGGAACCACCCAAGGAAGCUUGGGCUGAUAUAGAAGUUCGUAAUGCUACCUCCAAAUAUUCCGACUUCAAUUUAGCUUUGGCGUGCAUUACGAACUUGAGUCAUCCUGCUACACGCAAACUGUUUGAUAUUCGACCUUGUUAUGAAGGAGAUGCUGUUUGUGACUCUCCCUCAACGGGAGAGUGUGUUUGUUUUACUUAUGUGUACUACUGUACUUUUUUAAAAUUGGGAGUCUGCCUGCCGUUUACUGACUUCCAAUGUGAGAUUCUUAAUACGCUCAACGUUGCACCAACCCAAUUACAUCCAAAUUGUUGGGGCUUUAUUAGGGCAUUCGAAAUCCUAUGCGGUGGUUUAGGUCUUCCUCUCUCGACCUAUUCCUUUUUUUCUUGCUUCCAAGCUAAAAGUAUUAAGAGAAAUUCUUGGAUUUAUAUGGCAAACAAAGCUAAACACACUCUCAUUACUCCCCUCACCUCGUCUUGGAAAAACUUUAAAAAUGACUUCCUUCGUGUUUCUCCUAGUCCUACCUCCCCACUAUGGUAUGAUGACUCUGGAGUUCCCUUUUUUCCUUUUCAUUGGACCAAAAGACCAGUGACCAAACCUGACCUUCGUAGCUUACCUCACUCAGUCGAUGACAUGAAAGCUAUUGCAAAGUUACGUACGAUGCAAACGGUGACCGUAGCUGAGUUACUUCUUUAUGAGAACAACGCUGCUCAACUAUCUACAUAUUUACGAUCCAAAGAAAUGGUGAUGACUAAUGAGGAGCGCGCUCGAAUUUGGGACCAAGUUGAUGAAGAGGUUCGAGGUCCACAACUAGAUGCACACAAGGACCAAAGUGCCUCCAUUCCGGCUGGUAGUACUAGUCCUACUUCUCCUCGGAAGAAAAAGUCGAAGAGGAAGAACAUUGCUAGAAAUGAGAUAGUUUUGGCAGCUCCCCCAGCUCAUGUGAGCCCUCGGCCUGCUCCUCGGAUUCCUAUUCGCACCUGCGCCUCCUCUCUUCCAGCAAAUAAUUGGCGUGCUAAGCUGGCCAUUGAUGAUCGCGGUGGCGAAUCCGAAUCUGCUUGGGAUGUGCAUUUCUCCGGUGAGGGAGUUACAUCACAGUAUACCACCUCUUCUGAUGUACAGGUAAUUAAAGAGCUUGGCUUUGAACAAACCUUGGAGGCUAUGAGGACCUAUAAUUUAUGGUCAGCUUCCCUUGCUACUGAGACCUGCAAGACUCUCAGGGAGGAGCGCACUCGCUACUUAGAAAAUCUUCGUACAAAGACUGGUGAAAUUGACACCUUGAAGGCGUCACUAAAAACUGUUGAGGAUGAGCUCGAAACAUCGCAUGCAAAGUUCUCGGAGUUGGAGUCAAAAAUGAAGUCCCUUAAAGUAUCAUAUGAAAGAAAAGACAAGAAGCUUGAAGAUAAUGCCAAAGAGCUUGAGAAAAAUAACAAAGAGAUUGAGAAAAAGGAUAAGUGUAUUCAUGUUCUAGAGAGGUCCUCCGUUGAAGAGUUCGAGCUUGGGUUUGCGCGAGCUCUUGAGCAGGUUGAGAUUCUUCAUCCCGGACUUGAUACCCGCGGAGCAAAUUCGAGAUUUGUGGUUGAAAAUGGUCGGAUUGUGAAUCCAAAGGCUAGAUCUACUUUUGGUGUUGUGACUGGCCACCGAUCUACUUAG